GUGGUUGUCGGCUACUGCAGGGCAACACCCCGGCGUCCCUAGAAGCGGGGAGCCGGGGUGGUGCUGGGGACGCUGCGCACACCCGGGAGCCGUCGUCCAGAGCCUCCCGGGGUGGGGGGUACAGGUGUUCGAGCCCAGGCCAAUAAUGGCUGGCCCACCCAUCCGCAUAGGGGACCAACUGAUUCUGGAGGAAGACUACGAUGAGACCUAUAUCCCCAGCGAACAAGAAAUUCUUGAAUUUGCCAGAGAGAUUGGUAUUGAUCCCACCAAGGAACCAGAACUGAUGUGGCUGGCACGGGAGGGCAUCGUGGCUCCACUGCCUAUGGAGUGGAAACCAUGCCAGGACAUCACAGGUGACAUUUACUAUUUCAACUUUGCCAAUGGGCAGUCCACCUGGGACCAUCCAUGCGACGAACAUUAUCGAAACUUGGUGAUCCAAGAGCGGGGAAAGCUGUCAACUCCUGGGGCCACUAAGAAGAAAGACAAGAAAAAGAAAAAGGAGAAGAAAGAGAAGAAGGACAAGGAGAGCUCUAAAAGUUCCCUGGAAAUGCAGCCUGAGCAGGGACUUCUGGCUUCCUCUUUUCUCCGUGGCCCGUCCCCUAUCCCAGCACCUGGGCUUGCUGAUCUGGACCUAGACCAGGAGACGCAGGCUAGAAGAAAGGGCUUCUUUAAGAAAGGGAAGAGCCCAUGCAUGCUAGGUGACCCGCCCCGGCCUUUCUUGGGUGCCCUCCCCAGCAAGCUGCAUCCAAUAUCCAAGGGCCAAGCUUUCCGAACUCAACAGAUCUUUGCUGAUGUGGAGAAAAUCUUAGGGAGGGCCCCAGGCCAAUGCAGGCCAGAAAUAGGUGAUCAGCAGGGUCUGGAGAAACCCCCGAAGCCGGCAGAGAAAAUCAACCUGGGGCUUUCAGAUCCUGAAAUAGAAGAGCUGGAAAAGAUGACCAGACAUGAGAAACGUGGCACUCCAGACCCUCAGGAUGUGAAGCCUCUGCAGGGUGGGCAGGAUACAUUAGAAUGCAGGAGCCAGACCCCUGCCCACCUGCAGCUUUCGGAAACCACCAAGGGCCCACAGCCGAAAGGGGAGCAGCACAACCACAGCAUAGUCAAACUGAGCUCCACUGGCCCUGGGGGGGACAAGGGCCAGAGCCCUCUUCCCUUGCCAUCGGAGGAGGAAACCUCCCUGUCUCUUUUUUCUUCUCAUCACCUGCUUCCUAGCAGGAAGAGCAAGUUGCUAUUGUUGGAGAGGAGCCCAGCAGAAGACCUGAGCUGGCGAGGAGUUACAGGGGAUGAGGGGAGCAUGGGCAAUGGGAGGCAGAGGAGAGAGUCCACAGGAUUGUGGAGAGGGCAGUUCGCCAAGCUCAUCACCAAGGACACCUCAGGGAGCUGCAAGGAAGCCGAGUCCAUUGACCUUGAGGCUACGAGGGCCUUGGCUGAAGACAUGUCUCAGGGACUGUUCCUAGUAGCACCUGCCAGGAAGGAGGCACAACCAACUCAGACUGCCCCUUCUGAGGGUACCCUGGCAGGGUCUCCUGCAGGGGAGAAGAGAACUCCCCCAGUGCCCUUGGAGUCCUCUUAUGGAGAUAGGAAGGCUAGUGGUUCUGAGCCUGAUGGGGAAAGCAGCAGUUGCAGCAAUAGCCUGGCCUCCCACCUUGGCUCUGAGGUCCUGGUUGAGAUGAACAACCUGCCCUGGGACCUGCCGAGACCACAGGAAUUUGUCUGGAACAUGGGUCAGUCAGGCUCCGGAGCCAUAGGUCAGCACUUAAGUCCCUUGCUGGCACGGCAGUUGUCUCCCAUGCACAGCCCUGCUGAGGAGCACUCAGACAGUGAAGACUACUCGGAGGACCAGAGGUUCUACCAGCACAUCCUGCAGAUGGCCAAGAUCUCCCGGCGCCUGGAGGGCCUGGGGCUGCCCGAGAGCAUGCAAGAAAUGCCUUGCCAAGACAUCACCAGCAUGGUCUGCUGCAUGGCAGCUAGGUGUUCGGGGCUGUGCAGUGAGGAUGAGCCUGAGGCCCUCAAAGCCAUGGAGAGGAACCACAGGUUUCUAACCCAGGGGCCAGAGCCACUGGAACUUCCUCAGGAGGAGGCUCUUACCUCAAAUGGCCUGGAGUCCUCUCAGCAAGUCCAGUCCAGCAGCAGCCCCCACAUACAGGGGCUAGUCGAGCUGAGCUCCAGCAGAGGGCUUCCUGCAGGGCCUGGCAAGAUGCAGCUGCUCAAUCAGGCUCUGGGCUCCUCGUUGGCCCCAGUCCAUGUUCCUCUCGGGGGCCUGGCCCCUCUCCGAGGCCUUGUGGAUGCCCCACCUUCUGUGCUUUGGGGACCUCCCAGUAAGAGCCUGGGGAGCUCAGCGGAGUCUGGUCAGCUUGGAGAACUGCCGCUUUCACAGGGCUUGAAGAUGCCCACGGGAGCCACGGGCCUCCUGAGCUCCAACAUCCAGGAGGACAAGGACACUCUCAGGCUUUUGGCUUUAGGGGAAGAGACCCAUGAGGAGGAUGAGGAGGAGAGCAACCACCAGAGUUUCCGCAGCACAAGUGACCUUCUCAAGAACUUGCACCUGGAUGUGGGGGCGUUGGGAAGCAAUCUUGAGUAUAAGGAGUCCCUGAGGUCCAGCCAGCCAGAGGAGAAGAAAGAUGUUUCUCUUGAUGUGGACCCUGCCAGCCCUUCUCCUCCUGGCAAGCUCUCCAGCCAAGGUGCAGACAGCAGUCUGAGCAGUGCCGAUGGCAAGGAACAGCAGGAAAGAGGGGCCAGUCCUUGGCUGCCAGAGAAGGAGGAACAUGGGAAGAGUGAUCCUGCAACCCCCAGGAGUCUGGUGACUCUCAGAGUGGACCCCGAGGCCCGUCUGCCCACCCAUGGCUCUAUAGCACAACCUUCAAAGGAUCAAGUGGAUACAGAAGAGGAGGGUUCCCAAAGAGAAGAGGCAACACAGGAGCCAAAGAAAGAGGCUUCAGCUCCAAAAGAGAGCAUAUCAGACAAUAGUGAGGAGUUGGAGAUCAGUGAACAUGUAAAGGACCUACAUAUCUCGGACUGCAUGGAUUCGGACCCCAAGUCCCUCUGUGGCCUGGACUUUGGUUUCCGCAACCAGCUCUCGGAGCACCUGCUGGAUGUGAAUGUGCUUUCUCCAGUCCUAGAUGGAGCCCACUGGGAGGUCCAGAGGUUAGGAAGAGAGCACCAGGAUGACAGCCAGUCCAACCAAGAGGAGUUGCAGAGCAAGCAGUCCAACGGCUCAGAGAGGUUCUCCUGCUGCCCUCUGAAUGCCCCUCUCGUUGGCCUACCCAGAUUAUCUCCUCCACUGCUGACCAGGGCACGGCUCCAGAGUCCACUUCACAGCUGGGACACUGAAGAAGGGCCUCUGAAGGCCCCCAAAGGGCCCGAGGCAGUGGAACCAGGGGAGGAGUCCAUAUCUGAACCUGUGCCACUGUUGGCCCUCAGGAGGGAUCAGGCCCACAGCUCACCUGCUGCCCAUGAGAAAGGCACAGAGCAAUGCUCCCAGGCCAAGGAGCUGAGCCCUAGCCAGGAAGAGGCCAAGGAACUUGAGGACAAGGUGGUGGUCAGCUCCAUCCGGCCAAUCUCGCCAGAGGUGCCAUCUGGGGAGCCUGCAGCUGUACAACAGCUCUCAGAGGCUACCCUAAAGGUCAUGGAAGAGACGGUGGCCCAGGAAAUGGAACAAGACCAGAGGUGGCUGCUGAAAUUGAAGCGAGAGAAAAUGCAACAACUGCAGGAGAGGCUGUGGCGAGAGGAGGAAGAAGAGAUCCUCCAGCUCCACCAACAGAAAGAGAAAUCUCUCAGUUCUCUAAAAGAGCAGCUGCAGAAAGCCACUGACAAGGAGGAGGCCCAGAUAAGGGAAGAGGAGAGCCAGAGGCUGUCUCGGCUCCGAGCGCAGCUCCAGUCCAGCACAGAAGCAGAUGAGGGCCAGAUGAGGGCCACACAACAGGCUUCCCUGCAGAGGCUGAGAGAGGAGUUGGAGUCUCUGCAAGAAGCCGAGAGGGCCAGCUUGGAAGAGAAAAGCAGGCGGCAGCUGGAGCUGCUCCGAGAGGAGCUGGAGGUUCGGGAAAAGAGUGAGCAGGCCGCCCUGAGAGCCGGGAUGGAGCAGGCUCUGCAGCAGCUAAGGGAGCAGCUGGAAGUGGAGCGGAGAGACGCACUGGCAAGGCUGGAGCAAGAGCACAGCACCGAGCUGGAACAGCUCUGUUCCUCGUUGGAGACCAAGCACCGGGAGGUGCUGUCCAGCCUGCAGAAGAAGAUGGAGGAAGCCCAGCAGAGAGAGGAGAGCGAGCUGCGUGAGAGCCUGGGGAAGGCAGAGCAGCGAGCCUACCAGAAGCUCCACCAGGUGAUGGAGUAUGAACAAGAGCUCAGCAGCCUUCUGCGGGAGAAGCGCCAGGAGGUGGAAAGGGAGCAUGAGAGGAAGAUGGACAAGAUGAAGGAUGAGCACCAGCGAGUGGUGACUGAAGCCAGAGAGCAGUAUGAAAUUGAGGAGAGGAAGCAGCGGGCCGAGCUGCUGGCGCACCUGACAGGUGAGCUGGAGCGCCUGCGAAGGGCCCACGAGCGAGAGCUGGAGACCAUGAGGCAGGAGCAGGACAAGCAGCGUGAGGACUUGCGGCGCCGGCAGCGGGAGCAGGAAAGGAAAUUCCAUGAGUCAGAGGUGGAACUUGAAAUGAGAACUAAGGAUGUCAAGGCCAAACUGGCUCAGCUGGACAUGCAGGAGAAGACUGCCCGGAAGGAGAAGCAGCAGUUGCUUGACAUGCAGAGGCAGGUGGCUCUGGAGAGAGAGGAAGCCACAGUCACCCAUCGGCACCUGGAGGAGGUGAAGAAGGAGCACACGCACCUCAUGGAGUCGAGCCGGCAGCUCCGAAGGGUUCUCGACGAGCUCCAGGCUCGCAAGUUAGAGUUGGAGUCCCAAGUGGGUCUGCUCCAGGCUCAGAGUCAGAGACUGCAGAGACAUGUCAGCAACCUGGAGGCUGAAGUUCAGAGGAAGCAAGAUGUGUUGCAGGAGCUGGCAGCUGAGGAGAGUCAACAUGCUUCUCCACAUUUUGAGCCCAGUCUCCACAUUGAAGACCUGAGGAAAUCCCUUGGGACAAACCUGGCCAAAGAGGCUCCCUCGUCCUUUUCCCAGAGCAAGGAGGCGAGCACGGCAUCCUUGGACAGCAUCCGGCACUAUCUCUCCACUGAGGGGAUAGCCAUACGCAGUGCCAAGGAGUUCCUGGUACGGCAGAAGCGCUCCAUGCAGAGGCGGCAGACGGCCCUGAAGGCUGCCCGGCAGCACUGGCAUCAGGAGCUGGCCAGUGCUCAGGAGGCCACCAAAGACCCGCCAGGCACCAAGGCCCUGGAAGACGUGCGCAAGAACCUGGAGGAGGAGACCCGGCACCUGGAUGAGAUGAAAUCAGCCAUGCGCAAAGGCCAUGACCUGCUGAAGAAGAAGGAGGAAAAGCUGAACGAGCUGGAAUCCUCUCUCCGAGAAGAGGUCUCCGAUGAAGACACUCUGAGAGGAGCCCCCAAAAAGAAGGCAGUGACCUUUGACCUCAGUGAGGAGGAGGAAGAUGAAAUGAGCAGUGAAAGUUGCGAAUCUUGCUCCCUGCUUGGUGGCACGCCGACCCCGAGUCUCUUCUUCCCCACCAAGAUCCAUCACUUGAGCAGCUCCUUGCAGCGGAUCAGCAGCGAGCUCAACGGCGUCCUCAGCAUGCUGGGCAGCCUCAACACGCCGCCUCCGCUGCUGCCGCUGCAACCACUCUUCACGUCCACACAGGCCCCAUUUCCACCCCGCCCCUCUAAGGGUAUCCCCACCCCUGCCUACCGCUCCCUGACUCCACUCUCGGCCUCAUCUCCUGUCCCACCUGUGUCCACCCAGUGGGCCUGGGACCCGGGGCUGGGCCCCCGGCUGUCCUCCUCAGUGGCUCAGACAGUGGACGACUUCCUGCUGGAGAAGUGGCGCAAGUAUUUUCCAUCUGGCAUCCCAUUGCUCAGUAACUGCCCACCUCCUCUGGAAAACAGGCUGGGAUAUGUAUCUGCCAGCGAGCAGCUCCGCUUCCUGCAGCGCCCCCAUUCCCAGGCCCCUGAGAUUGGCAACACCAACUUCCAGGGCAUCAUUGAAGCCAACCGCAGGUGGCUGGAACGGUUCAGGAAUGACCCCAAGUCACAUCUCUUCUCCGUGCCCAAGCCAGCUGCCACUGUGGGCCUGCUACAGCUGGGCCUCGAUGAGGACAAGACCCUGAAGGUGUAUCACUAUUGAGGCCUGAACCUGGGCUCUGAGGCCACCCAGCCCUCUCCUGCACACCCUGAGCGAGUGCCUGACAAGCUGCCUGCACUUUACUCCCUCUGAUAUAACAUCCUCCCAUCCUGGGCUGCUGGCCCUGCCUGGAGGAAAUGGGGGACCCAGUGGGGGACCCAGAGCUGGGUGAGGCACGGCUGGAAAUGGCAAGCCACACCCUCUGUGAGCACGCAGUGUGUCUCACAUGGAGAGACGCAGACUUCUACAAGCUCUGGCCUCAGCUUCACAGUAGCAACUCUGACAAUGAAU